AAAGACAAUUUCAAAAUUCAUAAAAUACAAUUUAUCGGUCUUCACUCUGCAGCCCUGCGCAGCUCGCCCGUGGAAGAACCCAGCACGCCGUCUCCGACUCUCCUAGAGCCACGGCAAAGCAAGCUUGAGAGAGAGAGAGAGAGAUAUGCAGAGGUUAAAAGCUUUGGUGCCAGUGAGGUGUUCGUGUCAGGGACUUCGUUUUCUCUCUCACGGUAGAAGCUUUUCUGCUCAAGCUCAGGCAAUCUACCCUCAAGAUGAUGAUCUCCAAAACCAGGUUUUAGUAGUAGGAAGAGCUAAUUCAAGAGCAUCUAUUCUGAACAGACCUUCAGCUCUCAAUGCUCUCACCAUAUCAAUGGCUGCUCGGCUUAAGAGAUUGUAUGAGUCAUGGGAAGAAAACCCAGACAUUGGAUUCGUCAUGAUGAAGGGCACUGGCAGGGCUUUCUGUGCUGGUGGAGAUGUGGUUGCUCUCUAUCAUUUGCUGAAUGAAGGGAAAGUCGAAGAAUGUAAGACAUUUUUUGCGACACUAUAUAAGUUUAUAUACCAUCUAGGGACAUAUUUGAAGCCACAUGUGGCUAUCUUGGAUGGGGUCACUAUGGGGGGUGGGGCUGGAAUUUCACUCCCAGGAAUGUUUCGAGUGGUAACUGAUAAAACUGUUUUUGCUGCUCCAGAGGCUGAAAUGGGGUUUCAUCCUGAUGCAGGGGCUUCCUUUUAUCUUUCUCGCCUACCGGGCUAUUUAGGAGAAUAUCUAGCUCUAACAGGAGAAAGGCUUAAUGGUGUGGAAAUGAUUGCCUGUGGCCUUGCAACCCACUAUGCACUGCAUGAAAGACUUGCUUGGAUGGAUGAACGUCUCGGUAAAUUGAUCACUGAUGACCCUUCAGUCAUAGAGACUUCUCUUGCACAAUAUGGUGACCUUGUAUAUCCAGACAAGAGAAGCAUUCUCCAUAAGAUUGAAACAAUUGAUAAAUGUUUCGGCCACGACUCAGUUGAGGAAAUUAUUGAUGCUUUGGAAAAUGAGGCUGCCAAUUCUUAUGAUGAAUGGUGCUCUGCAGCCCUCAAGAAACUAAAAGAAGCCUCCCCGUUGAGCUUGAAAGUCACUUUACGAUCUAUACGUGAAGGUAGAUUUCAGGCUCUUGAUCAAUGUCUGGCACGCGAGUACCGCAUUUCCCUGAACUGGAUCUCUAAACGGGUCUCCAAUGACUUCUGUGAGGGUGUUCGAGCAUGUUUAGUGGACAAGGACUUUGCUCCAAAGUGGGACCCUUCAAGUAUUGAAGAAGUAACGACAGACAUGGUUGAUUACUAUUUUACACCACUUGGUGAAUUUGAACCCGAAUUAGAGUUGCCUGUGUCAUUGCGAGAACCCUCUAUCUAAUCUUUUUGUUGUAGCCUAGUAGGGCUGUAUUUUGAAGAUUUAAGUUUGUAUUCAACAGCAUAUUUUUGUCUAGAAACCAUUACUCAUUUAUAAAAAACUUCUUGAGAGUUCAAAGUGCAAGGAGAAAAGCUUCAACAAAACAGAUAGUUGAAAGAAAUAAUAAUUAAAAAAGCUGCUUAUGUUC